UACAGUUUAGGGUUUCACGAUCGUCAUUCCAAUGGUAACCGUAGCUUCCAAGCUGAUCUCUAAAACCUCCCCGCUCCUCCACCGUCUCCGUCGACACCCUCUCCCUCUCCUCUUCUCUGGAAAAACCUUAAUCCGAUCCAUCCAUGACUCUCCCUCAAAUACCAACCCUUGCCCUAACCCUAACUCUGACCCUAACACUAAUCACGAAACGCUUCCUUCCCGCUUCCUUCAACCCAUCACCACUAACUCUCCGGCACCUCCCUCAGCCGUCGAAACAGAAGAAGACGCCACCAUGAACGAAUUCCUCUCCCGAUUCGUCCAUUCCAUCCGCGGGAAGAUUUCCGAAGCCUACCCUGGUCUCCCCCGCGACACCCGGGACUCCAUGCUCCUUAUAAUCUGCCAGACCGUCGUCGAUCGCCUCGAUUCAGGGGCCGAAGCCGAUGGGCCUCCGAUGGAUCUGAGCGAGGAUCUAUGGAAGACUAUCUUGGAUGUUAGCGCCUCUGUGAACGAAGCUAUGCGUCGGGAUCGUGUCCGCGCGGAGCUGCGUAAGUACAUGGACUGCGAUGAAGUCAAGCAGAUGUGUCGAUUUGCUGGAGAAGUUGGCAUCCGUGGCGACUUUUUACGGGAGCUCCGGUUCAAAUGGGCGAGGGAAAAGAUGGACGAAGUGGAAUUUUAUAAGGAGCUUGAGAGGAUGCGCGAACAGGCUAAGAAGGAGGAAGAGUUGGAGAAGGGAUUGAUUACAGUAUCUGAAAGGCCGAAGAUAAUGGCUCUGCCACUGAGGAAGGGGAAGAUUAGGUAUAAGAUAUAUGGGCUUGAUAUGUCCGAUCCUAAAUGGGCUGAGGUUUCAGAGAGGUUGCAGGAAGCUGAGAAGCAUGUUGUGCCUGAGGAGGCCAGGCCAGUUGUGGGAAGGAGUAAGAGGGUGGAGGACAAGAUUAUGGGUUUGGAUCCAGAGAAGGAUGAUUUGAAACCUGCAUUUAAGGAGUUUGAAGAAGCCCUCUCUGCUAGGAGGGUUGACUGGCUUUCAUUGCUCGAUAGGAUCAAGGAGCAUAACGAGGAUUUGUACCUCAAGGUAUGAUAUCCAGAACUUCUCCAUUUUAUUUGUUUUAUGA